UCGCCGGCCGGUUGGCAGCGACCAAAAAAGGUUCAUAGAGAGUGAAUGCGUGAGUAUCUAGGACUGUGUACUCUAGAGGGCGCGCCGAUUGCGAGGAGGGCGAAGAAGGACGGAAAGAACGGUUCUCAUGCAGUUUCGAGCGAUGUAUCUUCUUCAGUUGGAGUUGAGACUUGAUGAGUGCAAGCUCGAACCCUUCCAAUUGGCCAAAAUCUUGAAUUGGAUUGAAUACAGUUACUGGCCAGCUUGUUAGAUAAUAUCUCCGUUGUGGACGGGAGAGUUUUUUUUGCAAAAAGUGCUGCUACUACUACUGCUGUUGGUGAGCGCUUUGGAGUGAGGAUUCCAGGAGAUCGAGUGAUCUGAGUACGUCAGAGUGAUUGAUUCUGUGCGGGAUACUCCUCUAGGAAGAAGUGUGCUUGUGCGAGUGUGUUUGUCUGGAGAUCUUCAGCUCUGACAAUGGGAUUCCUAACCAAGCACGUGUUCUGUCUGAUGGUCGUGGCCAUUGCUAUUGCUCAAGCCGAUGAGGAUUACCAAUACGACUACGCUUACGACGACGGAGACUACACAAACGAUGACCAGAAAGACGAAGUCAUCGAGGAACAUCCCACCUUUGUCACCCUUGGGAGCACGUUCACGUUUGAUCGUGGAAAUACUAUUCGACUGCCCUGUUACGUCGACAAGCUUCCAAAAAACUACGUCCUAUUUUGGAAGAAAGUCACGGAAAACGAUGGAGAGACUCUGAUCUCCGUGGACACACAGAUUGUGGAUUCCUCCUCCACCCGUGAAUCAGUAGAAAUCAGCUACGACGGUGCAGACCGUGGAUCCACAUUGGUGAUUAACUUGGCAGAAGACCAAGAUGCUGGUCAAUACAUGUGUGUCAUGGGGAAUGCGGCGAAAACCACCAUAAAACAUACAGUUAAAAUCCGAGCGCCACCACAAAUCACCAAACAACCCGCCAAUGGCCUUCUUCUGGCCCAGAAAGGUGACACCGUGACUUUAUCUUGCAAAGGUCAAGGCAAGCCAGAGCCCAAAAUCACGUGGACACGAAGGGGGAAAUCCAUGCCUAGUGGAGAAAAAACUAUCGAGGCCUCGGAACUGACCUUUACCAAUGUAGGUCGACGUCAUUCGGGUACUUAUAUCUGCACUGCCGACAACGGGUUCAGUCAAGAGGUCCAGGACAAGAUCGAAGUGGAGGUGGAAUACCAACCUGAUGUUGAGGUGGAGGAGGUUUUCAUUCAUGCUAGCACUGGGAACCAAGUAGAACUGGUUUGCUUGGUACAUGCCCAUCCCAAGCCUUUGGUGAAAUGGUUCCGGGACUCCACCGAGUUGACCAACCAAUCGUCCAACAUCCGCCACACGCACAACCGACACAUUUUGAUCAUCAGUGAAUUGGCCGAUGAGGACUUUGGGAACUACACGUGCAGUGCCGAAAAUAAAUGGGGACAAGCCUCGCGAGUCAUUGAAAUCUCAGGCCUAGCCGCACCCGCAGAGUUUAGCAGCCAGCCACGUGGGUACGAACCCGAGCAGUAUCUCAUUGAAUGGACCGUGAAAUCGUUUUCGCCGGUAGAGGAAUUUCUGCUCCGAUAUCGUUCCCAUGACGACUCUGAGUGGCAAGAGGUCCAGAUCGAGUCCACAGAGGAAUCCACGCAAACCUACGCGGGCAAACGCAGCCUCAGUGGCCUCUCCAGCGCUAGUCAGUACGAGGCCGUGGUCUUGGCCAAGAACGGCCAAGGCUGGAGCCGACCUUCGGCCAAAUUCCAAUUCGCAACAUUUGGAGCAGAUGGACACGGUGAAAUAAAUGUUCCAAGCGAUAGGGAGCCACUCACUGACGCUUCUAGUGCAACCUCGGUUUCGUGGUCGGCAUUCAUAACCUUAUUGUCCGCAUUGAUCUCAAUUACUGGGAUGACCAGGUCCUGUUAAAUCGCUUGUCAUAGUUCAUAAAUUAAGGAAGGUCCACCAAAUGCAAAAGGAUCCUCUGAAAGUCAUAUGAUUUCUGUCCUGUUCAGCCGGAUAUGGCGUCUCUCAUUCAAAGAGCUCGAAAUAAGAAGGUGAAAGAAAAUCCCUUCACAAUCGGAGAGGAAAUACUGCAACAAAGAACACGAAAACGAAGACGAUGAAAUGAUAGAGAGCGUUCUAUUCAGCCUUACUUUUCCAAUUUCUUCUACUACGAUUACAAUUACGGAUUACGUACUAACGUCCUGAAAUCAACCUUACCUCAAAAGAAGAUUGUCUCAAGCACACCAGAUUAUGGCCAUAUGAAAAUGGAAUGGAGUCGUUUCUGCUUCCUUAUCCUGCCUUCAUUCCUUCCCUCGUUCCUUCCCGGUUCUCCGAUACGUCCGUUCCUAGAUCAACUUGAUUGGUACCAUAACUAACACAGAAAAAGAGUUUCGAACGUUUCAAACGCUUUCAAUGAUUACGAAAGUCAGCUUUAAACCCGUUCCUCGAGUUGAGGUCAUGGCCAUGACUUCCCGACCUUUUUUCCCCGGCUCUCACUUUCUUCAUUCCGGAAAGAAUGGCGCUGAAUUACAAGAUAUGGCCAGUUUGAUUCGACGAAUGACCCGCCCAUUAUGAAUGUAUCCCGAUAUCCUAUGAAUACCAUUAUUACAAUGAUUAUGAUUAUCACCAUUA